AUGUCUUCUUCUCUUGGUUCAGGAGUGCUGACAUUGCUACACACUGCUUGUGGAGCAGGGAUCCUGGCCAUGCCCUACGCGUUCAGGCCCUUCGGUGUUUUGCUAGGCUUCGGCAUGAUCGCGUUCUGCGGAGCAUGCUCCCUCGCAGGGCUGAUGAUCCAGGGUCGAGUGUCAAAGUACGCGGCCGAGAGGAACGCAUCUUUUUUUGCGCUCGCCCAGGUCACAUACCCCCAGCUGAGCGUGAUAUUCGACCUGGCCAUUGCAGUGAAAUGCUUCGGCGUGGGAGUCUCCUACCUGGUGGUAGUGGGCGACCUGAUGCCCCGCAUUUUUGCAACGUUCACGUCUCAUGGGCUCCUGCUGAGUCGAAAUCUGCAUAUAACCUUGGUCAUGCUUUUUGUGGUGUCGCCUCUGUGCUUCAUGAAGCGGCUAGACUCUCUGAGGUACGCGUCCAUGGUUGCCAUCUCCUCCGUUGCUUAUCUUUGCGUGUUGGUCCUGGUACAUUAUGUCUGGCCUUCGGACGAGAUUCGCGAACUCAGAGGUCAUGUUAGCCUCGGCAAACCUGUCGGCUCUUUCGCCGCGCUCUUGAGCUGCUUCCCCAUUUUCGUGUUUGCCUACACUUGCCACCACAACAUGUUUUCAAUCGUCAAUGAGCUGCGUGACAACUCACUUAAAGGCAUAUACAAAGUGUCAAUUAUCUCUGUCGCGCUCGCCAUGUCGCUGUACCUGCUCAUCGGAGGCUCGGGCUACGCAACAUUCGGCGACAAUGUAGCCGGAAACAUCAUCAUGCUGUACCCACAAUCCGCCGCUACAACUGUUGGGCGCGUGGCGAUCGCAUUGCUGGUGAUGUUGGCCUUCCCACUGCAAUGCCACCCGGCAAGGGCCUCCGUUGACCACAUUCUCCACUACUUUGGCGCAGGAAAGAGCCACGAAGCUGCGCCAUCACCCAGUUCUGAGUCCUCCCAGUUGAUACCUUCUAGUGAUACAGAAGACAUUGUUGUCGAGGAGGGGGGGCCACGCCAGCUGGCCGUGAUGCCGCUAGAAGGCAAACGCUUCAUCGCUAUCACCACCUCCAUCCUCCUACUUUCCUACUUGUUAGCCAUAUCAGUGACUUCACUGGCCCGCGUUCUUGCCGUGGUUGGUGCGACAGGGUCCACAUCCAUCUCUUUCAUUCUUCCAGGAAUCUUCGGCUUCCAACUGAUAGGCUCUGAAGAUCAACCUGGCCAAAGUUCUACGAAAACUAAAUUUCUCAAAUACCUCUCCCUAACCUUGGCUUGUUGGGGCAUGGCUGUACUUGUUACGUGCCUCUCGGCCACAUUAUUACUCGGGGCCACACACUAA